AUGGAUCAUGAUUAUGCCUUACGUAAUGAGAAACCUGCUACUCUCACUGAUGAGAGCACUGAUGAUGAGGUUACAUUACAUAAUUGGUGGGAGCGUUCCAACCGUCUUUGCCUUUUAUAUAUCAAGAAGACGAUUAGCAAGACUAUCAAAAGCUCCAUACCAACUUUUGAAAAUGUAAAGGAAUACCUAAUCAAUGUAGAGAACCGUUUUGCUACUGCUGAUAAAUCUUUGGCUGAGACUUUGAUGACCAAACUAGUAACAAUGAAGUAUACUUGUACUAAUGAGAUAGGGGACUAUAUCUCUGAAAUGACAAGUAUCUGUGCACAACUAAAACCCCUCGAAUUGAUAAUGAAUGAAGGUUGCCUUGUCCAAAUCAUUAUGACUUCACUUCCUCCUCGUUUUGGAGUAUUCAAGAUUCACUACAAUACAAAUAAAGAUAAGUGGACUCUGAAUGAACUUAAGAUCGAAAAUAAGUUAGACAAAAAUAUUAAAACUGUGAGAUCUGAUAGAGGGGGUGAAUAUUAUGGUAGACAUACUGAUGUAGGGCAAAGUGAAGGACCAUUUGCCCAAUUUCUUAAGUUGAAGGGUAUAACCCCCAAAAGCACAACUCCUGGUACACCUGAACAAAAUGGAGUUGCAGAAAGACGCAAUCGUACCAUCACAGAUAUGGUACGUAGCAUGAUGAGCAACUCCUCAUUGCCUGAAUUCUUGUGGAGCAAAGUAUUAAAAAUAGUUGUGUAUAUCUUGAACAGGGUUCCUAGUAAGUCAGUUCCUACAACUCCUUACGAGUUAUGGAAUGGAAGGAAACCUAGUUUAGCUGUUUAG